GUGACACGUAGUUCCCAUUCUGGCCGGAAUGGAUGUGCAUCACUAGUUUACGGGAGUUUCGAAGCGUUGUAGGAAAAAUUAGCUGCGAUUAACGCAGAUUAACGGGAUUAACGAAAGGAAGGCAUAACCAGGCAUAACGUAAACACUAUCAAAGCAUAUUCGAUAAAUGUUUAAUUCUAUUGUCGGAAAUCUAAGAAAUCUUGAUAAAACAUGAUUCCAUUUGGUUUCCAUUGAUAAAAUCUAUAGAUGCUCUCUAAAGCAUAUAAGCACUCUUAAAUAAUUUGAAAGAUGAUAAUUUGAUUUAUAAUGUACAAAAUGCACGUCGUUAAUAUCAGAUUACGUUAACAAUGUGUUCUGUACACAGUCAAAUUGGUAGCGGUUUCUUAUGAAAGAUACGGAACAAAACUUGGAUAAUUUUCUUAAAGAUAUCCAGCUCAUAAUGAAAGAAGUACAGUGGCAGAAGAACUUGUAUGAAAACUAUGGACUGCCAGACAAUUACACGGACAGCUCCUUCUUAGAGCAAUUGCGUAAAAAUAUAAAACCGAAUAACGUCACCUUGAUAGAAGCGAUAAGUUUGGGUGCUAGCAUAUCUACGAGAUUGAGUGUCGUCGUACUUUUCGUCAUAAUAUUUAUUUGGUUGAACAACGAAUGGACCACGCCGAACGUUGUUGUAAUAUCAGGAAGCGUGUUAACGAUCCUUGGAUAUUUCGUGUACAAUGUAAAGGUAUUUGAUCGACCUGUGAAACCAACAAAGGAUUUGUGGACAGUAUUAAUAUUUCUAACGUUUGGUUACAUAUUAUCGCCAAUUUUGAAAACUUUGACAGAAACGAUAAGUACCGAUACGAUUUACGCUAUGACGAUAUCGAUGUUCCUGACCCAUUUAAUAUUUAGCAAGUACGGAUCUUCGCCGAUUUUCCUCUCGGACUCUUUGUCCAUAACUUCCUCGAUCUUCGGCUCGUUAAUGUUGGCCUCCAGAUUAGCGUCUCCGUUGCAUGCCUUUUCGCUCUUAACAGUUUCAGUUCAGUGCUUUGUAUUGUUACCUUACUUGCUGUCGCAAAUAAGUAAUAAAAUUGUUGUAUCAGCUAUUCUGACAAUUGGCACCAUAUAUUUGCUCUUAUUUGUUUCACAAACGUUUUCCUACGUUUUUAUUAUCGCUAUUAUAUUCAUUCAUUUUGUUUGUCCACUCUGGUAUAUUAGGUGUCAAAAAUAUAAAGAUAAUAUUUAUGGUCCUUGGGAUGAAGCUGUAAUCGCUUCUUAAAAAGAAUAGAACCAAAUCUUUUUACGAAUAUUAAAUGUACUUAUAAAAUUGUUAUAAACUUGUACAUAUGUGUAUAUAGAUAUAUAUAACAAAUAUGUAAGUCAAAAUUUUAUAUACUUAUACUUUGAGAUAUAAUAUUCUAUAUUUAUUAUAUAUUUUUACAAAGUAUUGUUUAUAUUAUCAAUGUAAUAAAUAAUUUUACAAGAACAUAUUUUAUUGCAUGAUACAUGUCAUAUAGAAAAAAGGAGCGUGGAAGAAGAAUAAUAGUAGAAAUUUAACAUAUUUUGCAAAAGAUGCAAAAGAGAACAAUUUGAAGCAACUAUGAUUUUCAUCUUCAUUUACAUAUAUUAAAAUCGAUUGUAUAGGAUUCCAAAUUUUAAUCGAUUCCGUUAUUUCUAGUAUAAUAAAUAUACUGUCCCCAUAUUUAUUCUGCAUAACAAAAUUGCGAUUAACGACAAAUGGAGUAGUAUACAAAGUGAAAUAAAAAAAAUAAUUAAAAUUGAAACUAUGUAUGUAGACACAAAUGUUAAUUCUUCAUUAUUUUAUAAUUAUAAAUUGUAACAAUCUCUUAAUUCGUCUUAUGAGAGCUUCGAUAAAGCUACGAUCCACUGUUGCAUAUUCAUUGUGUGACGUGUCCAACAACUGUGUGAUAAAAGUCUCUGUAAAUGUAGAAACGAGUCCUUGUUUCAAUUCCAUUAACGUUUCUGACGAAACCUUCCAUUCUAUCAUACUUUCGUCGAUGCCACCUGAAGAUACUGUACAAACAAAUAUAUUACAAUAUUAAAUGUUUAAAAACUUGUGCAUGUUAUAUGGGAAUAUCGUGUAGCUCCGUGUAAGAGUGAACUCAUAUAAGUUACAAGUUUGAAUUUACAUAUAUCUCGUAUAUAUGGAUUUUUUAAAUUCAUAAUCAGUAGCGGGAAUCAUAGAGAAACUUUAAAUUUAGGUAACAUAUAUAUACAGACUGAUAGUCCCACUCGCUCUUAUCAUUAUUAUUUGUAUGUGCAUAAAUAUAUUUAUGAAUAAAAAAUUGAAUC